AUGGGUCCAGUUUUUAGGAGGACCCCUAAGAAUACUCUGAUCACCUUGCUUUUGUUAUUUUUCUUACAGGUUUAUGGCCAAGGGUCUGGCCUGGACUGCAGGCACCAUGUCCAGAAAUUAAACUUGCUGCAGGGUGAGGCAGAGGAAGCAAUCGACUGGACAUCUCGGUGCGUAGAUGACAGCACAAAUACAGCAGCCCAACGUGAAGACAGUUUGGUCCAGCAGGAGGGAAGGGCAGAAGUCAGUCGCUGGAAUAAAUAUCUGGACAAGGAAAGUGAAGAUCAGGAAGAUGGGGAGGAGGAGGCAGGUACAGAAAGGCAACAGUUUUGUUCCCGGAGGAAGAACACUGUGGAAGAACAAAGGAAACGCCAAAAGAGCUUCCUGUCCAGUGAUGUUCAGGAAUAUGCAGAAGAAAAUAGAGUUUUCCAGCUUGCUUACCGAGCCAAAAAGGUUAAAACCUCUGAGCGCAAGGAAUGUUCAGUAGCAGUGCCUGAUCAAGAUGACGGAGAUGCUGUUUCUGGAGAUAGUGUGGUUCCUGCUGUCUGUGAGCCUGUAGUGCCUGAGGAGAAUACACAAAAUCCAACUGCUUGUUCCAAGGCCUCGAAGUGGGAAAAAUUUCUCUCAUGUUCUGACAGCUACAGUGAAAAUGCUGCCAGGGUCACCUUGUCACCACAGGAGGGCAGUGGAAGGUUGGGGCUGCACAGCACCACUGCAGCAGAUUCCAGUAUGGCCAGUAGAUGCUCAGAACAGGCUGGAAGAACUCGAUGUCAAGGUACAGGUUUUGAAUUUAAAAAGUGUGUUGCUGGCACUGAGCAGCGUGCCUCAAAACUGCCUGGCACCAUGGUGCCCAGUUCCAGUUGCUCAGUUGAGGAGGAUGUGUUGUUCAAAGAACCUCAGAGCCCAGGAUCUGGUGUCUUAGACACCACUGCAGGAAGGUGGUGUUUGGAUAGCAUGAGGCAGGCAAACACACUUGUUAACUCUAACACUGAGCCAAAGCCUAGCAGUGUUUCUUGUGAACACCUCUUCUGCACAGGUGAGGAGUUUGAUGAUGAUCUCUGAGAAGUUCAGCCAUCUUUGACAGUGCUUUCUUGUUUGUCUCUAUAAUGUAUUUGGUAUGUUGAGUUCUGAGGCAAGAUUUUGACCUGAAGAUGGCUUUGCUCUAAGCCUUACAGAACUUGCACUAUUAAAGUUGUUUACUUGCACUAUGGCUGUGUUUGAGGGGAGGGUAUGAGGGUGGAAGAACUAGUUACAGUGGGCAAGUACUAGAGUUACACAGUGUUGUCUAGCAACCUCAUCAGCUAGAAGUAAGAAUGGAAGUAGGUCAGCUUGGGGGGAAAAAGCUCCAAGAAUUCCUGGCCAGCACAAUUAAAUUCUGUGAUUAGUUCCCCAUUACAAACUGCAGCUCUUCUCCCCUGUGCUACCUCUUUGUUUAGAUCUCCCAUAGCAACCUGUUCUUCCAGAGCUGCAGAGCCCACAAAGCAUUUGAUUUCUCUUCAGAGCAUAGCGCUAAGGGGGUACACAAAGGUAUGUGCAAAAAGGCAGGCCUACAGUCGCAGGCUGCCUCCCCUGC